AGCGUCAGUCGCGUCGCGUACUUCGACCGUAGAGGAUUUUGUCGCUUUUUUUAUAACAUCCUAAAUUUUUUCUCAGUGUUUCAUUCAGACUACAUCACCAUAUUUUUCCAAUCCUAUUCAAAAUCUAUUUUCCAAUGUUAAUAUAAUUAUUUACAGAUCUUUUGUAAAUUUGACGUAAGAGUGCAGUUCAGAGCUCACCAAGACAAAUAUUCAUGCUAGAUUUUGUUCAAUAAUUUUAUUACAAUUUGAUCACCAGUGCAAGAGUAAAAUAAUUGAAAAAAAAUAUAUUCUAGUCUGCAAGGCGAUAUUGGAAAAAAGAAUAAACUUUGUGAAAUAGACUAGUGUGAUUCACAUGGCAAUAGAUUUCAAGUGAUCGACAUUUUUAUAGAAUAGUGGUUCAAGUGUAGAGUAUUUAAAGUGCCGUUGUUAACAGAAAAAGUGUCUUGAUAGAAGGAAGAAUAUAUAUUCAAAUCAAAGGAAAUAUUAAAUUGAUUUGUUUAAUUUAUUAUUUGACAUAUAAAUCACAUGAUUUUAUAGAAAUUUGGACAUUUGACGUUUUAUCGUUGAAUGUUAAGGUCGAGUCCAGGAAAAGAGACUUUUUGCUUCUUUUAGCGUGUCCGUAACGACGCGACUCUCAUGCCGCCAUGUGUGUCCGACGUUUCAGCCGCGUGCUCGUUUUCUGAUAGGACCUUGUGUUCGAGAAAAAACAACAAAGCUCUUGGUUGUCACUGAAUGCAAUAUAAAGAGUGUGAUCGUUCAGCACUAUUGUGAGUGAGGCUAAUAAUUGACAUUUUUAUUUUAUUUUCACCCGAAAGUAUAAUUUUUUCUUUUCAAUUUUAAAUUUGAAGCAUCAAUUUUGUUUUAUUCCAAUAAUAACACACUUCAAAAUGCAGUUAUGAGAAUUACAACACGUGAAUUUCGAGACUUUAUUUAUUGUAGUUGAUGUAUAUUUUUUGUUUUAUUCUUCGAACCAAAGUGAUUCUCUUUAACUGUGAUAAUAUAGUCAAAAUAUUCGAGUCAAUUUUCGAAAAAAUGUCGCAGAACCGGAGUAGUGUUAUUUUUGCGAUUCAUGUGAUUUGAUAUUUGCUAAAGACUUAUUAAGUGUACGCGGUAUAGUGAUUGCGUGACAGAAGAAAGGAAAAUAAAUUUUUAAUUUCACAAACAUGCAGUCGAAUCCAAUUCUUCGUGAAAUUGGUAGCACUGAAAAGUUGAUGGGAAAUAAUAAUAAUUUGAACAACAAUGGAUCACCCGGAGCAGACAUAAUGUUUCAAAUGGAAGACGAGGGCAUGACGCAGCUCGGAAGCGUCUUUCAAUCGGCUUACCAAUCUAUUGUUGGUGGUGGUCCUCAGUAUGGAUCGGACGAAUUUGGACAGGAUUCUCCGAGGUAUACGUCACCAAAAGCCGCAACAUUGUAUGCGGAACCCUACUAUAUUGAUGGGAAUUCAGCAAGCACGGGUACAGGGGAUCCGUGGAACGGUAGUGGAGGCGGAGUACAGCCACCCUACAGCGGAUACGCACCUCCCCACCUGGCACAGCCUGCCUACCCUAUGCACAUAGCUCACGACCCCAUGGCAUAUUCUGCCAUGUCACCAAAUGGUGAACCAGCCGCACCCAUCCUUGGAUCUACGGUGACUAGUGCGGCGUCUUUGCCUCCAAUGUCAACAUUUAGAGGUAGUGCGGCGGUUGCUGCAAGUGGCGGUACUGGAGCACCUUCUCCAGCAUCAUUACAAUAUAAUCACAGUCCAGGAGCGCCAACAACCACAACACCAGCAGCUAAUCCCGCACCCAAUAAUCAAACUCCCGCAGCCGACAGUUUAGGAAAAACUCUAGCAUCUGUAGUAAGCACACGGAUUUAUCCAACGGACCAAUCAGUAUCCAGUUAUAGCAGUAAUCCCUCUACACCCGUGGGUUCGCCGCCACCUUUAACAGGUCCUACACCAGGCUGGGCGCCCGGUACAACACCAGUUUCACCACACUUUACUGCUGAUCCUACUCGUGGAACUAUUCAUAUGGGUUCUCGGAUGGAGGAACGACUGGAUGAUGCCAUCAACGUAUUAAGGAAUCAUGCAGAGAGUCAACUUGGGCUUCAUCUUGGUCCUGUAGGUCCCCAUGGUGGUCUUUACUCCCACACAUCGCCAUCUCAAUUGGAUCAUCUUGCAAGUCCACAUCCUGCAGUAACGGUUGCACAACCUCAAGGAUCAUAUCCAGGACUCGCGCCAACACCUGAUACUGAUGGGUCUAUCAAAAUUGAAAGGUUACCUGUUUCAAAUGCCAAAAAGAGGAAAGAUCCACCUGAUAGUAGUGGAGGUGAAACAAAACCAUCAAGUAGUGAUUUAACAGCUGGAGUUAUUGGAGGUGCUACAGUUAAUUCAACGUCUCAAGGGAAAGGAACAAAACGCUCGCGUAGAUAUUGUUCGAGCGCUGAGGAUGAGGAUGACGAUCCCGACGUUAAGGCUCAAAGGGAAAAAGAAAGACGGCAGGCCAACAAUGCUAGGGAAAGGAUACGUAUCAGGGAUAUCAAUGAAGCUCUUAAAGAGCUUGGAAGAAUGUGUAUGACACAUUUGAAAACGGACAAGCCACAAACGAAACUCGGAAUACUUAACAUGGCAGUUGAGGUGAUAAUGACUUUAGAGCAACAAGUGAGAGAGAGAAAUUUAAAUCCCAAAGCAGCAUGUUUAAAAAGAAGAGAAGAAGAAAAAGCUGAAGAUGGACCAAAACUACCAGGCCAUUUAGCAGCUCACAUAGGUCAUCCACAUUCUCAUCCACAUGCACAUUCUCAAGCACCAUUUCCAGCAAUGCCAGGGCCACCUCCUUCGCUUCAACACAACCAAGCGCAGCCCCAGUAGCAGAGGUUUAACGGCAUUGUCCUUUGUUAAAAAAGUGUGCAGUUUGUGAAAGCCUGUGAAAGAACUCUUGGAAAAAUUGUCAGGGCUCGAGUGUUGUCUUUAGCCUUAAUACAAUUAAAGAGAAAAAGUUUUAUCAUAUAUAAAUAGACAUAUAUGAGUGGCAGAGUAUAUAUCAUAUUAAAAGUAUAUACAUUGUAUGUAUAGUUACGACUAGACUCGAAAUUGUCGUGUUUUGAAAUAGAAAUAAAUAUGAUGGACCCCGGUGAUAGGUGAAGAAAUUUGGUGAAAAUAAUUUGUCAGAAGACAAUGUGGGUGCUCUUUCGUUUGUAUCUUUUAUCAAUAAUUUUUAUUACUCAGAAAUAAAUAAAAUAAUCUGAGAUUGUAGAGAUAAAACAACAAAAUAUGUAAAAAUGAAUAAUAAGAAAAGAAAAAAAAGUGACGCACAAUUGAAAAAAUUAUAAAAUCAAGUGUUAAAACUCUGUUUACUCUGUUUAUAAGAAAUACCGACGGAAUUGAUAACCGUACCGGCAUCCAAUGACAAUAAAUAAGUAUUAUUCAUAAAAGAAUAAACGGGAUUCCCGAUAAAUUACAUUUUUUUCCUUUCAUUUAAACAUAUCAAAGGAGGUAGUUUACGGGAUUUGAACUGGAAGCGUGAAAAUAUUUCUUAUAAAUGCUUGAUACCAACGAGCAGUAAGCAAUCAUCGUGCAUUCAAGUGGGAAAUUACGCUUCAAUCAGGAUUUACAUCUCGUUAAAUUUAAAAUAUUGAUAAAUAAAAAAUCAAGACAGAAAAUAAUAAAGAAUAAAUCGAUAAACGGGUGGUACCAUCUACAUUGAAACUGUAGCACUGAGUUUCACUCGUUUUUUUUACUGAUUAAUAUUAUUAAUUAUCUAAAAGAAACAUUUUUAUUUGCAAUGAUAGCGCCCGCCAUCAUUAUUUUGGGAAAUUACGUAUAUUAAUAUACAUUCACACUUAUAUGAUCAUGCAUAUAUGUAUGAACGUAUAUAAAAUAUACAUUAUAAAUAUAUAAAUAUUUAUAAAUAAAAUGGAAGUGAAAAAAAUGGAAUGAUAAGUGAUUAGAUAAAGAUUCGUAGAAAUUAUGUAUGUGCAACAAAUUGGAAUAAUAUCGCUCAUAUGAGAGCCAAUAGUUAAGAGAAAAAUGUUAAGGCGUAGUUAUUAAUUAAGAUACUUCUAUACUGCUAUCCGAAAUCUAUUUGCUAUACUUGCUAUAUUAAUAUUUUUAAAUUUUCAACUAGUAAUUAAAAUAUUGUACUUAUUUUUAUUAUAUUUAAUGAAUGCUAGUGUGAGAAUGAUAAAAAAAGAGUUAAAUGGAAAAUUAUAAUGCAAAUAAAUUUUUUAUGAAAAAUUAUUUCAUUUGUUUUGAUGUAAAAAUGAUAGAGGUUUAUAUUUUUCUAAUUUAAGUAUUUUCGUGAGUACUGCGAAUAAUAUUACGGGAGCAGUAUAGCUGUGUUUUUAGAGGCCGAUUUAAUACUGAUAAUACUGCUAAAUAUAAAUAUGGCGGCUUCAAAUUAUUUUUAUAAAUAGUGAAAGACAAAAGAAUAUGGUUCCUCUUUCGAAGUAUGAAAUAGUAACGUUCAAUUUUUUUUUAUCUGUCCCAUGUCCUCCUUGAAUCCCAUUUGUUCUUACCCGCAACACAUUAAACUCAUUAUUCAUUCAAUCUAUAUCAUCAAAAAAAAACUUAACUCGUAUUUCCUGUAUACAGUACGAUUCGUUGAGUUUUCAUUGUAGAGCGCAAUAGUUGAAAAUGAAUAAGUGAUAAAACGAAAAUUAUUGAGAGAAUGAACGGAUGAUUUUAAAAUGUAAGAUUAUAAAUGAAGUGAUUGUAUAUAAAAAAUGAUGAUUGUUAACAAUUAUUCCAACAUAACGACGAGGCUCGUACGGAAUAAUGAGAAUGAUGAUGAUAAUAAUAAUAAUAAUAAUAUUAAUAGUAAUGAUGAUGAUUAUGAUAAUAUGAUGAUUAUAAUGAUUAUGAUUAUGAUAAAGAUUAUGAAAAUCUGUCACUUUCACGCAAUAAUAUGAGAGAAUUAGUUUAAUGAUUUAUUUUUCUCAUAUUAUUGCGAUUAAGAUCUCGCUAAAAAAAUAAAUUAAAAAAAAGAAAAAUCCGUUUCUUGCUUCUAAAUUCGCGGUCGUACGUUUAAUUUGUACAUACUAGUGUCGUGUGACAAUCGCGAACAUGUAAGAAUCGGCAGUGGAGAGCAAGUACAAGACUAAAAAAAUAAUACGUCAAGCGCUAAUAUUUUUUUAUUAAUUACUUAAAUAUCACUCAUAAUUUAAAAUUUUAACCAUUUGAUUUUAGAAAUAAAAGUUAUUGAUGAACGUACUUGAUUUUUAAUUGUUUUUUUUUUUUACUAUGAAUAUAGAUAGUACUAUAAUUUAAAUUUAUUUAAGUCAGUAAUUAUUAGUUAAUACUUUGUAAAGUAUAACAGAAUAAAAUCUCUUCCGACGAUAUUAUUUUUUCUUUUAAAUGCGCGAUUCAUUUCCAUCGAAGUAGAAUAAGCAAAAAAGUUCGAUAACGUUAUAAUCAUGUAUGCGCGCAGUACUUAUGCAUAAAUAAUAAUUAUAAAUUAAUUGAAUAAAAAAUAGACAAUUGAAAAGAAUCUUUACAAUAUCAUAUGAACAAUAAACCUACGAGCCUCGUUUGUAAAAUUAUUGAGAGGGUCAGCUUGCCUUCGAAAAUUGUCGUGAUCUCUAAAUAAAGUGGACGAAAGCGAACUGCUAAACAAUUGGAUGUGAGAUAAUAAUUUAAAAACAAAACAAAGAUAAUAAAAAAUACUAAAAUACAAACAAAUAUAAUAAAUGAAAUGCCAUCGAAUUACGUUAAAACAUAUCUCGCGCAUAAUUGUAAAUAAAAAAAAAAAGCAGUAACGCAUGCCUAAAUAUUUAUCUAAUUAUUAUUACUAUUAUUAUUAUUAUUAUCAUUAUUAUUACAUUGAUGUAUAUCAAUAUUACUCUGUUCUUUAUUAUUAAUAUUAUUAUUAUUAAUAUUCUGAUUAUUAUCAAUUAUUAUUUUAUUAUUAUCAUUUAUUAUCAUGAUUAUUAGUUAUUAAUUAUUAGUUAACAAUUAUAAAACAAUGUUCGUGAUGCAAGAGCAAAAUACGAGGAACUUUUUGUUUCUGAACAAAAAUAUAGCUCAACAAUGUGUAUCCAGUUGCCAUGUAUUUUAAUUUAUUUAGAUUUUUAAAUAAAUUUUAUUGAGAAUAAACCAAAAAA